GGGCGCGAUAUAUCAGGAUCGAUAAUCUGAUAUAUAUUUAUGUUUACUGUUUACUCUGACUUGCCAAUAAGCGUAGGCGAUCUAAAUUAUACACCACAAAAAUACCUGCACGUUUAUCUAUAUCCUGGCUAGCUUUAAUAAGAUAUAAUAUACGAAAGACAAAAGGACGGUUUCGGAGAUUACAAGUGAGAGUUUGUUGGACAAGGUCUUCCGUAUAUUAUAGGUCACAAUACCUGAGCCCAUAGUAUGAGCUAUACCUAAUACAGCCGGUUAUAUUGAUACAAUAAGGCUUUAUAUAUAUCUACAUCAUCAUUAUGUUGACAGCGGCUUUAAUAUGGUUUUAUUUUCGGGAUAUAGCCAACUAUUUAAUAGAUUGGGGAGAGCUGGAAAUGAAGAAAAGAAUGGCGAAAUCAGAUGUCCAGAAAUGUAUGGAUUGGCUUUUCCAGCAACAGGGUGAUAUGGAAAUAGCUGGCUAUGGUAAAGGACAGAGUGGUGUAUUAGAGGCUGUCAAAAAACAAAGAUUGAAGGACAGGGAAAUAAAAGAUUUUAGAAACAAUAUCAACCGAGCUUUAGAAAAAAGUGAAGCUAAAAAUGGUGAAUUACCACAAAUAGAUGGCAAUUAUGAAUCAGUGCAGGCACUUUCGUCGAAACGUACAGCAUGUUUAGAAAUCAUUUCGCAAAUAGCAUCCCUGGAAGAAAUUGUUCAGGAUAUGUCAACCGAAUUAGAUUCUAGAGCCGUCCAUUUAGUAAACAUUGGAGAAAACAAUAAACUGAAAGGUGCUAGUUCUCAAACCAAUGAAAGUCUAGCCCGAGCAGCACAGACGUGUAUAACUGCAGUUCGCCAGAAUUGGAAAUGGAUAAUUACAACUAUGCAAUGUGCUGAACUUCAUGGUAGAAAUGCUGCAGCUUAUCAGGAGUUUUUCCACGAGGUAGAAGAAGCUGAGUAUUGGAUGAACACAACCUUGUCAAAAAUACAUACAACAUUUGAUAAAUCUAAAUUAAACGGUGAUAGAGCUGAUGUACAAGCUAUAAUGGAUGAAAUGAAGGAUGUAUUAUUAGCAUAUUUACAAUGGCAAUCGAAAGUAGAUAGUUUAUUUGAAAGAAGUAAAGAUCUUGUACCCGUACCGCUCAGAUUAAAUAAAUUACCUGAACCACGCCCAGUCAUUGCCUUAACAGAUUACAACACAAAAGAGAUAUCAUUUUCUGAAGGCGAUUCCUUGACAUUGAUAGAUAACAGUGAUAGAAAAUCAUGGAAGGUACGAAACAGCGGCGGUCAGAUCGGAAAUGUACCAGCUGUCAUUUUAUUGUUACCAGGGCCGUCUGGUCCAGCCGUUGAUGCCGCUGUCAAGUUACGGCUUCAACUACUAGCAUUAUGGACAAACAGUGUCAAACGUCUAGGUUACCAAAUGAUUGCAUUCAUGCUGCUUGUCUUCAGAGAUUGGAAUUCAGAAGAGAUUUCCGCGUUACAGGCUAUGUCAAAAAAAGACAAACUAGAGUUAUUAAGAAUAUUGAAAUAUUUAGAAGACACUCUUAUUAAGAACUGGGAUGGUUACGGUGAUUUUGAACAACUUCAAGAAAGAAUUCUUCGUUUACGAACUAUUAUUGAAGAAGCGCCUGAAGCCGAUAAAUCCGACCCUUCCACCAUAUCUACGGUUGUGGUACAAAUUCAAUAUCUAGAACAAUUGUUAAAUAAAUACCAGGAUUUCUGGGCUUACUGGGAAACUAAUAGAACUGUUGUUGAGUUAUUACGUCAACCUAAAUAUCUGUUGGUAUGUGAUAAAUGGGAACAACUUAGAUAUGUUACAACAGCCCACUUUGUUACAUUCUGGGAUACAAAUCUUGGUUUAGAAGAUUAUUCUAAACCGCAGAAAGUCACACAACCGUUAGAAAAACAGCAAUCAUCCCUUACCCUCCACGAAAAACCCAAAGAACACAUGACCCCUACCAUGGAAGUUGAAGAGGAAGAAUGGACAAUGAGCACGGAAUAUGAAGAAACGAUUACUGAUCAAGUACAGACGUCCGUCGAGGAAGAACAACACACAUUUGUCAUCACUGGUGUCGUGGAUCCCAGAACAGACGAGCGACUAAGUCUCCAGCAAGCUAUUAUGAUGAACAUCGUGGACCAAGCCAAGGGCACCUACACCAACCCACUUACCAGAAAAACCAUUCCCAUGAGUCAGGCUAUGAACGAGGGAUUAAUUGUCAUGGAUUUUAUCUCUAAAACUAAGAUCCGUGAAGAGAAAAAAGAAUUUGGUUUAAUUACAGUAAAAGUAACGCGCGAAAAUCGUCCCUACACGAUUCUCAGUGUUGUCGAUCCAGCUACUGAACAAAAUCUCACUGUUGCACAAGCCGUGGAAAAGAAAAUCCUCAACACUCGCGAGUCGACGUACAAAACAGAGCACGGGGAGAAGAUGUCCGUAGCUGAUGCUAUUUCUUCUGGUCUUGUUCGCGUUGAAUACCACAAAGCCGAUGCCAACCACCCACCGACGGUGGAAUCCAAAACGUACGCCGUUAACGCAGUCGUUGACCAAAAACAACAUCGAAAAAUUCCAUUCGCCGAAGCCAUUAAUAGCGGAAUUUUAAAUAGAAAUACAGGAGAAUAUACCAACAAUAUUACAAAUGAAAAAGUCCAUGUUACGGAAGCCAUUGUAAGAGGGUUCAUUAAAGCUAGAGUUGUCAAUGAUGCCAAUGCUUUAGAUAUUGACCCCGAAAAUAAAAUAGUCGUAGAGAAGCUGGAUCAUGUCAAAUCGAAACUCUCGGCCAUUAGAGCCUUUAAAAAUGGUGUCUAAACGAUGAAAGCAUUUUAAUUAUUUUAAGGUAUUAGCGCACAGACAACUUUUGAAAAUGUCUAAUCUUUUCAAAAUCUGGUUACUUUCACAAACAUUUCCAAUGAAAUUCCACAAAUUCAAAACGCCGCCUAUUAAAACUAUACAAGAACCAAAAACAGUUAAUGCAAUAUAACGUCUAUUUCUACAUUACAAUGUAUAUAUUAAAGGAGCUAAAUCGCUAACAUUUGGGACCUAGAAAUUGACAAAAGUGGAUCGCAACGCAUAUAAUACUGUAAUAUGAAUGUAUAUAAACUGAUUAACAUUCAAUGGUUUCCGUUUUUACUCCAAUUUCAAAUCAGUUAUGUUCGGCGAAAUAAGCCAGCAGUCUCAAGCGAGUGCAAAUUUCUAGCGUCUGGUUAUUCCAGUUCUACAUACGCCGUUUGAUUUGGUGCAAUGUGUCUAGCCUCGUCCCUCGAGUCUCUUGGUGCAACUGGGGCUGAAGCGCAUUAUGGUACACGAUUCAUGUACCAAUGGUAAAAUGUUUAUUUUGUAUUAAAUAUUGGAUAUCAAAAGCCCAUCUUUUUCCGGUAAGAUCACAACAUGAAUGUUGAUUUAAUUUGACAAAUAAAUCGUGUUUUCAAUGUUGAAGAUUUUGGAUGAUAUUGAGUUAGAGACUUAGCUACUUCAAUGAAUGUUUGUAAAACUGGAAUAGAUUCCUGUAUUUAAAAUAUUGUUUAAUCAUUCUCCCAGGCGAGAUAUAAAGCUUGUGUCGAUAAAGCAACAUUUUGAACUAGGAAUACGCGUUUAGCUUACAUUUAUUAUUAUUGUCCGCUGGCCAUAGAAUAGAACUAAUUUACUAUGUAAAUGAACAUUUCAUCAUAUUAUUUUAAAAAAACUAUUGAAGAUGCAAUUGAUCAAAAAUUUACCACUUUACUCUUAUACUAAGAGUAAUUUAAUAUGAUUUCAAUAGUUAUUAUUUCUGGCCUUCUACGAGUGGAACAUAUCAUACUAUAAGGGUAGAAUAUACUCAUAAUAUUACUUACCUCAUUGGCAUCUGUAUUAAGUUUAAAGCAUGAGUUUUGGACAAUUUUGCGAAAACCAUCUUUUGUGAUCACGUAUCUUUAUCAUUGUAGGCAUUUAUUUCUAUUUACUCUUACUAAAAUAGAUAAGUGGAAAAUUUUGCCUUUCUUGUAUUUUAUGGAAUGUGUGGAAUUUAUAAUUAAGGGUCAAUUUCCGAGUUUGCGAAUGAUUGAAAUCUAAGAAAAUCAAACAACAAUUUAGCCUUCAAUUUUAAAUCAGAAACAAAACUGCGGACUUUAGUCGGAGAAAAUUUUAUAAUAUUUUCCUGCUGUUUUUCAAGCUUAAUUUGAUUUCUGAGAGAUCUUUCAAAAAUAAUAAAAUCUUCCUACAUCUCCAAGAAAAAGGGUCUCUAUUUAUAUACAAGUUAGUCUCGACCCCCAUCGUGGUAUUUUGUUAGUGUCCCUGUGUACUGUUUAUAUAUAAGAUGCUUCCUCUACAUAAUAUAUUCUGUUAUUUUUUUCCGGAGUCUAUUCCGUAUAGUUUAGUUAUAUACAUAGAUUUUUAUAUUUGAUAGAUGUUAUAUAUAAUUAGUACAAUACUUUAUGCUUUUGUUGUGACUUACAGCGACAUCUGUUUCUCUCUCCGCGAUUAUUGAUAAUAUAAAUACCUAUAUUACAUAUUAUAUAUAUUUUAUAUUUCAGUAAAAUGUUUUGUUAUAUAAAA